AAGCGACUACACAGAUGAUAAGAGGUUUCCGAUAACUCAUGAGACUUUCCAAGUGUUGUUUCAGUAUCAAAAUGUAGUUUCUCGCACUUACAAUGGUUGUUAGGAAUAGGAAUACCAGAUUUAUAGUUUUAGGAUUUUCGCUCUUGUUUGGAAUUUGUUUAUAUUUAAAUCAUCGACAUCGACAGAAUCGGACCGAGCAUCAGUACAAUGUGAUAGUGUGGUGGAGUCCCUACAGGAAGCACAUCGAUUAUCACCGGAAAUGUGAUCUGGCAGAGUGUCGCUUUACGAGUGAUCGGAGUGUUCAAAGUGAUCCACAUUUUACGGGUUAUCUUUUCUAUGGCAGGGAAACGUCCCUCAAGGAUUUACCAGUCCGGAAACCACGGGACCUGUGGGCCAUCUACCAUGAGGGAUCGCCCAAAGAAACGCCCUACCUUCUGGAGGCAAUCGAUUUGUUCAAUUUCAGUGCUACGAUCAGUCGUCACAGUGACGUUCCGUUGACGUUGCAAUCUUUCACCAGCCUAGAAGAGCUUAUCGACUAUCAUGCGAUGUACUCCUUCGAAGAAAAGGUACAGUUCCAACGGAAACUUAAAAUGGCCCCGGUUCUGUACCUUCAGUCUCGCUGCGACACCUUGACAGGUCGUGAGCUAUACGUGAAGGAACUGGCCAAACAUAUCAGCAUAGAUUCCUACGGAAGCUGUCUGCACAAUAAAUCUCUACCAGAUGGCAUUCUGAUAGAGCCGAAAACCGCUUUGGAUAUUAAAAACUAUUUCGACUUUGUUUCCAUGUAUAAGUUUGUGAUCGUCUACCAGGACAUGGUAUGCGAGGACUACAUUAUUGAUAAGUUUUGGAAGGCACUUUCGUUGGGAAUAGUUCCAAUUUAUUUCGGAGCUCCCAAUAUAAGAAAAUACCUUCCAAAUCCGGAUUCAGCCAUACUAAUCGACGAUUUUAAAAGUCCCGCCGAAAUGGCAAAAUUUAUCAUAAAAAUCGCCAACGAUAAGGAUUUGUACAAUAGCUUUCUUUCCCACAAAAUUCUCAACAUGUUACCAAUUUCGAAUCAACUGUUGGUAGAAACCGUUUUCAAAGAUGACAUCUACUUUGUGCGGAACCGAAGAACCCGAACCAUUGCCGAGUUUGAGUGCCACGUGUGCGCGGAAGCUGCCAUCGGCCGAAAAUGGCCUCAAGUCCCAGAAAAUUCUUCUAUUAGCCGGUACAGAUGUACGCUGCCUUCCUUUCCACCGGGCAAUGUGACUUCGAAGGCCCUGCCAAGGAUGGAUAAAUUUCUCGAGCGAACGCACAUGGAAGCGAAUUUCGUUCGGCAAUUGAUCAACUAAGCUGUAGAUGUCCAUAGUGGAUUUUUCUGGUGGUUCGAUUUCAAUGUCAGUAAUUUGAAAUAUUAGUGAUUCAAAGAAAUGCCAAAUAUUAUUUAAACAACUAAAAAAAUAAAUAUUUAAUAUUUUUAAA